CCGUACACCGCGCAUGCGCACGACCAGUCGUCGCCCGACAAGCAGACAUGGCGGCGUCCCUGAUCUGCAGCCGUUUGACGGCAAGCCUGAAGAAUUCGGCGCCCAGAGGCGCCAUGGGCUCCGUUUCCAAGGUCCUGGCAGGUUCUUCGAGUCUGUUUGGAGGCCGCGCGUCGACGUCUCCGCCGCUGCAGCAGCAGCAGCAGAGGAGCCUGUCCCUCCAUGAGUACAUGAGCAUCGGACUGCUGAAGGACGCCGGCAUCUCGGUGCCCGCCGGCAUGGUGGCCAGCUCCUCGGACGAGGCCUACGCCGUCGCCAAGCAGAUCGGCUCCAAGGACCUGGUGGUGAAAGCUCAGGUGCUGGCGGGCGGGCGCGGGAAAGGAACAUUCGAGGGCGGACUGAAGGGAGGCGUCCGGAUCGUCUACUCGCCCGAGGAGGCGCGGGACAUUUCGUCGCAGAUGAUCGGGCGCAAGCUGUACACCAAGCAGACGGGCGAGGCGGGUCGCAUCUGCAACCAGGUGUUCAUCUGCGAGAGGCGCUACCCGCGCAGGGAGUACUACUUUGCCAUCACCAUGGAGAGGUCCUUCCAGGGCCCCGUGUUGAUCGGCAGCUCGCAGGGGGGCGUCAAUAUCGAGGACGUGGCGGCGGAAAAUCCCGACGCCAUUGUCAAGGAGCCCAUCGACAUCGUGGAGGGCAUCAAGAUGGAACAGGCGCUCAAGGUGGCGCAGAAGAUGGGCUUCCCGCAGCCGCUGCAGAAGGAGGCCGCCGAGAACAUGAUCAAGCUCUACAACGUCUUCAUCAAGUACGACGCAUCCAUGCUGGAGAUCAACCCCAUGGUGGAGGACUCCUCGGGCGUCGUGAUGUGCAUGGACGCCAAGAUCAACUUUGACUCCAACGCCGCCUACCGGCAGGGGGAGGUUUUCGCCCUUCAGGACUGGACCCAGGAGGACCCGCGAGACCGGCAGGCGGCCAAGGCCGACCUCAACUACAUCGGCCUGGAUGGAACCAUCGGCUGCCUGGUGAACGGUGCGGGCCUGGCCAUGGCCACCAUGGACAUCAUCAAGCUGCACGGGGGGACGCCCGCCAACUUCCUGGACGUGGGAGGCGGGGCCACCGCCCACCAGGUCACCGAGGCCUUCAAGCUCAUCACGUCCGACAGGAAGGUUCAGGCCAUCUUGGUCAACAUCUUCGGAGGCAUCAUGAGGUGCGACGUCAUCGCCCAGGGCAUCAUCAUGGCCGUCCGCGACCUCGACCUCAAGAUCCCCAUCGUCGUGCGACUGCAAGGUACGCGCGUGGACGAUGCCAAAGCUCUGAUUGCCGCCAGCCCGCUGAAAAUCCUGGCCUGCGACGACCUGGACGAAGCCGCCAAAAUGGUGGUCAGGCUUUCGGAAAUCGUCUCGCUGGCGAAGGAAGCCCAAGUGGACAUCACCUUCCAACUUCCGAUCUGAUCUCCUCCUCCUCCCCCUCCUCGCCGCCAGCGCUCCCUGUUUGACCUCACCUGGACACUCCCCGCCCAAAAGUAGCUGCUUCUUUUUCGUCUGUGGCCUGACGGUGGCGCUAACGUACCUUGUUUAGCUUUGUUUCCUCCCGCUUGGCUAUAUGUGCCUUUAAUGCGCACGGCCCGCACACUCCCCAAAGCACUCUCCUCACAACAUCCGUUCCUCACUCAACGCUUAUACACACCCGGCCACACGCGCUUCUCGAUACGCAUGCGCGCACACGAGUCUCACUCCGUCUGCUUGUUUUUGUGUUAUCCAACCAAUGGUCACGGAAGGCCUUUUGGGUGUAAAAUACCCGAGCGACUGAUAGCCAUAAAGCAAAAAGCGUCCCCCGUGCGGCGACAGCAGCGAGCGAAUGCGGCCGAGCGAUAGCGCCUCGACUGCACCCCGGCAAGCGACUCAAUUUUCUCCCAGAUAAACACGCCGGCGGUGAUUUGCGGUCGGGAGAUGAAUCUACUGCGCCCCCCCCAAGACCGCCGCCGCCGCCGCCGGUUUGAGCUUCCGUUCGCCAUUUUGCAAGACCAAGAUCGAGAAUCGUGGUCCCGCGACGGAAGCAGCUCGAUAGAAAGCGGAGUCAUCAACGCAAUCCCAAAACAACAUUUGCAAGAUGACGGUACAUUUGAAAGGCCUCGACGCGCUACUUCUGAUUGGGCUCCGUGCCGACCGUGCCCGUUUGUCCUUUUCUUUCUCUUCCAUUUCCUCUCGGGUGCUGGCUGUCUGCUAUCGACACUCAGCCCAUCCCGGUGAAUUAUUCACCGCUGCUAUAAUGGAACUUUUUUUUUUUUCCUUUCCUCCCAUCUCCCCAUGAAGAAGUAGCAGCGGCAGCAUCAAGUUCGGCCCCCCCGGGGGCGAGUGAGCGAGUCUAAAAAUGGAGUCAUCGCAACGCUAAAUCACCUUGUGGGAUUUGAAAUUAAAAAUGUCCCUUUUGA